GCUGAGCCUUGGUAUUCUUAAGUGAAAGACUGGAAGAUGGGAGAAAUAUUCUUUUCCUUUGAAGAUGAUGUAAAAUUCUUUCCAGUUGGAAAGAUCUUUCUGUCACAGAACGUGAAGUCUCCUGUACUGGGAGAACCUCUCCUGCCAAGGCACUGUGGGAUUUUCCUCUCCCUUUGGUGGGCAGGCUCUAUGAAUAGCCAUUAUGCUACCUUUUCACCUGCUUCUUUGACAAAUCUGAACUUAAUUUAGUGUCAUAAUGCAGUGCUGCUCACUACGUUUCUUAGUUGUGCUGGAGCAGAGACCUCCAGUUACACAAUCCACACAGGAUUAAUCUCUGCAGAAUGGUGGGCUCACAAAUGCUUACUGGAGCCUGAUUUGUCACCCAGUAUAUAUGAUCCCAUGUCAGCUAGAGAACUGAUGAUAUCGUCAAGAUUACAAAUGGAGAGGCUUUGCUUCAUAGCUAAUGCUUGUCAGGCUGAACUGCUCGGGCCACGCACGGAGUGUUGGGGAGGAGAAAGAAUUGAGCCAAGAAAAAUGAAAAACAGAGGGAGCUGGAGACAGUGAUAUGUCUUGUGCAAACCGCCAAGCUUUUGUUGGUUGGGGAGAGGAGACGAGAGGCUGAUCAGUUUUUUUUUCUAAAAACUCCAAUCAGUUUUCAGUACACUGUGCUGCCAAGGGCUGCUGGUGUCUGCAGGGAGGUUGGCUUGGGGCAACACUGGGACUCCGAGGGUGGACAUGAGGAUCUGCAGUGUUCCAAAGAGCACUGUCUGCUUAUUCUGCUUGUUUGCCUCCCCCUCACUCCUGCCAGAAGCUCUCAGAGGAAUGAAGGAUGUGAGGGAAGGCUACCUCAGUUCCCCUGAUGUGCCUUCUUGCCAGCUCCCUUUGAGCUGCUGCACCUUCAUCUCAGUAAAUUUUGUCUUUAAAUUAUCUUCUGAAUGUUUAGGGCUCAACGUGCUCUCCCUAGAUGAGUGUUUCCAGAGGCUGUCCACAGAGGAUAUUUCAUAAAGUUAAUUGCAUGAAAGCUAAUGAGGGUGUGUGUAUUUUUAGUGCUGCCCAGUUGGGAAGCUGACAGGGCAUUCCCGCUUCACCUCAUUUGGCUUUGAACAGCAUGAAAACCUUUUCAUCUUAGUCAGUGACUCACCCUAAGGCCACACCAAAUCCUCUGGUGGAAAACCAAGGGAGUUACAUUGAGGGAAGCCCAGGGGAAGCUCUGUUUGGGACACAUCUUUUCCUUUUGGGAAAAGUCAAGCGAGCUUUUGGAGGAUGGGAUUUCCAGCACUGCUGUUGUCUGUGGGUAAGGGCAGGCAAGGAGAGGUGGGUGAAAUGGAGAGCUCCUGAGGCAUCUCCUCAGAGAUUCCCUCCUGCCUUCCCCUCUCUGCUGCUCAGGAGAGCUGGGCUGGUUGUGGUGGCAGUGAAUCAGCUCCUCUGCCUGUUUUUGAACUGUGAGAUUCCCUUCCUAACCCAGAUCCAUGCUCUGCUCUGCAGCACUCCUGAUUGUGGCAGCUGCUCCUGCAUUUUAUGCUGGAUUUGAGGCCAAACAAGCCCUGGACCCCUGCUCUGCCUACAUCAGCCUCAACGAGCCCUGGAGGAACACGGAUCACCACAUCAACGGCUCCCAGGGGCAGCCGACGUGCGACAGCCAGAUCGACGGGGAGUGGUACCGCUUCACGGGCAUGGCGGGCGACGCCAUGCCCACCUUCUGCAUCCCCGAGAACCACUGCGGCACCCACGCUCCCAUCUGGAUGAACGGCAGCCACCCGCGGGAGCAGGACGGCGUCGUCCAGCGCCAGGCCUGCGCCAGCUUCAACGGCAACUGCUGCCUCUGGAACACCACCAUCGACGUCAAGGCCUGCCCGGGCGGCUACUACGUGUACCACCUCUCCAAGCCCAGCGUGUGCUUCCACGCCUACUGCGGCCAUUUUUAUGACAUCUGUGAUGUGGUGGAUUGCCAGGGCCCCUGCCUGGACACCAGUGACUGCACCUGUUCCCCGGGGACAACACUAGGACCUGAUGGACAGACAUGCCUUGAUGAAAAUGAGUGUGAGCAGAACAACGGCGGCUGCAGCGAGUUCUGUGUGAACCUGAAGAACUCCUACCGCUGCGAGUGCGGGGUCGGGCGCACGCUGGGCAGCGAUGGCAGAACCUGUGAAGAAAUCGAAGGCUGUCACAACAACAACGGAGGCUGCAGCCAUACCUGUAUUGAAGUGGAAGACACCUACCAGUGUGAAUGUCCAAGGGGACUUGUUCUAUCAGAAGACAACCACACUUGCCAAGUUCCAGUGCUGUGCAAGUCGAGUUCUAUCGAGGUGAACAUCCCAAAGGACCUGGUUGGAGGCCUGGACCUUUCCCUCAUCAACACUUCGUGCAAAGGCGUCUCCAACGGCACUCACGUCAACAUCCAUUUCUCCCUGAAGUCCUGUGGUACUGUUGUAGAUGUAAUAGAUGACAAGAUCAUUGCCACCAACCUGGUGACUGGCCUGCCGAAGCAGACCCCGGGCAGCAAUGGGGACAUCAUCGUGCGCACCAGCAAGCUGCUGAUCCCGGUGACCUGCGAGUUCCCGCGCCGCUACACCAUCUCCGAGGCCUACGUGCCCAACCUCAAGAACUCGCCCCUGGAGAUCAUGAGCCGCAACCAGGGCAUCUUCCCUUUCACCCUGGAGAUCUUCAAAGACAAAGACUUUGAUGAACCCUACAGGGGGGCUCCUCCCACCCUCAGGCUUCGGGACUCGCUGUACUUUGGGAUUGAGCCCUUGGUGCACGUCAGUGGACUAGAGACACUUGUAGAGAGCUGCUUCGCCACUCCCACCUCCAAAAUUGAUGAGAUCCUCAAGUACUACCUGAUUCAAGAUGGCUGCGUGUCCGAUGACUCCGUGAAGCAGUACACGUCAAAGGACCAUCUUGCCAAGCAUUUCCAGGUUCCUGUGUUCAAGUUUGUGGGCAAAGACAACAGGGAGGUGUUCCUGCACUGCCGCAUCCUGGUGUGCGGGGCCCUGGACGAGACCUCCCGCUGCGCCCAGGGCUGCCGGAGACGUGCACGCAGGGCGGCCGAGGAGGAGGAGGAGAAGGGAUCUGUUCAUGUGGCAGAGGAGGAGAAGGGAUCUGUUCGUGUGGCAGAGGAGGAGAAGGGAUCUGUUCAUGUGGCAAACCACGUCCUGACAGGGGGCCCCAUCAGAAUCGACUUUGACGACUGACACCCACCCUCUGGAACAGCAUCUCCGCCUGAGACCGGCCUUCCUUAUCAGUGCCUUCCUUAUCAGUGCCUUCUGCCAUGGCUGUUUGAGAAACAAGAGGUAUUUGGCAAAGCCCCACUUGCACCUCAGGACUCAUUUCCCUAACCCUGUGAUGAUUAUUUGUGAGUGUUUUGGACACCCGGACUGCAGAAUGGUUUGGUUUUACCUGCAUUUCUUCCCAGCUGGGACCCUUUGGCUGGAGGGACCCUGUUGCUUUGCAGGCCUGAAGCGUUUCCCAGCUUUGUCUUUCCCUACAUCCACCUACAGGCUCCAGGACUGUUCGUCCUUGGCUAAACAAAUGUUAUCCAAGGCCUUCUUGCAUCAGACAGUACAAAUAGUAUCGUAGCUGAACAUGUUUGCUGUGCAGUUCUGUGAGCGAUGCUGAAGCUUCUGGGUGACUGUUAAUAAAAACAAGCAUAAAAUAUUCUAUCUCAUCAUUUGUUAAUUCCCUGGAGCUGUACAAUUGUCAUUACAGGCAGCGAAAGCUCAGCUCUAUCACAGGCACAUUUAAAUGUUAUUUUAAAGAGUGAAAGGUAUUUAAUAAGAUUUGAUUUUUUAGUGUCUUUUGAUAAUUGCAUGCAGUUUAAUAGUGUUUCCGCCUAUAUUUAGUGUAUCAUUAUUUUUCUCCCUCUUCUCCCACCACCAAAAAUGCCUUUGCUAAGUGCUCUGGCACCUUGAUUGUAAGAGAAGCACCAUUAAACAUCUCUGAACACCCCC